AUUCGCGACUGGAAAGAAUGGGCCCGUGGAUCUUUCAUUCGUGGUGAUCACAAUCAGUGCAAUAUCUCGCGUAUCUCGGCCAGAAUGGAGGUCGAUCCGGCGGAAGAGCCUCACGAUGAGGAACACACUUCCAUAUACGAUGGUUAUACGCCCGAUUUCUGGUAUUUCAACAUGGCUCACGGAAUGCUGGUGGAGAUCUCUGAGGAGCUCCGUGCCAAGUUUCCUCAGGAGCCGCGCCUUCGGUUUUCCCAGCUAAACAACCUUCACCUGGCGGCCAGGAGUGGCCAGAUGUUGAGUUUCGUCGAGAUUCUGAACACCGUUAGUUGCAGGGCUGUGCAAGCCCACCUGGUCAAUACAAAUUUCGAUCAACCAGAUGGACAAUCGCUGACCCCGCUUACCAUGGCCGCAAUGUCGGGCAACGUAAAAUUCGUCAAGACCCUGUUGUCCCACUAUGACGUCGAUUUGGAACGUGAGUGCAAUGUCAUUUUUGACGGAAUGGUGGUCUACGGAGCCACCGCUCUGUGGGUGGCUGCCGGAAUGGGGCAUUUGCAAAUAGUUAAGAUGCUUGUCCAAGCGGGAGCGGCCAUCAAUCACAAUACCAAGGCGCAGUCGUCACCGCUGAGAGCUGCCUGCUAUGAGGGUCGCUUAGACAUCGUGGAAUUCCUUAUUGAUAAUGGAGCUGACGUAAAUGCCACGAAUUUGUUUAACAACAACACGCUAAUGAUUGCCGCCUACAAGGGUCACCACUUAGUGGUAAACACCCUACUUCAGAAUGGAUCAAGAGCCAAUGAUCAGGCCCUGUGUGGAGCUACUGCCUUGCACUAUGCGGCAGAGAGCGGUCACCUCGAUGUGGUGGUGGCCUUGCUGGACCAUGGAGCCAUUCUUAAGAAGAAUGAGCUGGGCAUCACACCCGCUUUGCAAGCAGCUGAACGUCUUCACGAGGAUGUCCUCGAGGCGUUCAUCCAACGACCAGGACUGAUGAGUUUAGAGGAACAGAUUACAGCUCUGGAGCUGCUAGGAGCCACAUAUGCGAAUGACAAAACUAAGUACGAUGUGAAUAAGGCGUAUAGCUAUCUGCUGAGAGCCAUGCAGCUACGUUACAGCAAUCCACGAGGUGUGAUCCGAAAGAGAGUUCAGCCCACUGUGCCUGCCUACGACAAUUGGUUUGAGACUGAAAACCUACCUGAACUUUAUGCCAUAAAACUAAACCAUCACUCCAUACAUAUGGAGUCGCUAGCCAUAAGGGAACGCAUACUGGGCCGCAAUAAUCCGGAGCUGCCUCAGGCAAUCAUUUAUCGGGGAGCUGUGAUGGCGGAUCAGGGCAGAUUUUACCAGUGCCAGGUGCUUUGGAACUACGCCAUAGAUCUUCGAAUGCGCAAUAAUGUUUCUGUGGAUCGCGAUCUCCUACGUUUUGCCCAGCUAUUUGCCCAGAUUCUUCGGGUAGAGAACCACAACCUUACGUUGGAUCACGUUUUGCCCGUUUUGGCCAAGUGCCAACAGGAGAUCGAGAACAAUAAGCUUAAAAUAAAGGAAGCAAAACCCAAUGCUUGCCCUAGUCUGUGGCAGGACCAAAAUAAUCAGAACUGCAUUACGGCGUUAUAUCUGAUUAAAAUCGUGACACACUUGGCGAGACGAAAGAGGGAUCAGAACAUUGACGAGGAGCAUAUUCAGCAACUAUUCUUGGUAGUGCGCAAGUUUAUACAGAACGACACUCGUCUGCAAGAUGGACAAACGCUGCUGCACAUCGCGGUUAAUGGAGUGAUGCCGGUGGAUGAGUUCUACACGAAUGAAAUGUGCAGAUUCCCCUGCUAUGCCACUGCUCUGGUCCUGGUGCACUGUGGAGCUUCCGUGGUAGCUGUGGAUGCGGCUAGAAACACUCCCUUGCAUAUCCUAGUCACCAAAAUAAACACGUCACAGGAUCGUCAAGCGGAGAUGGCGCGUAUUCUGCAACUGUUUGUAGAGGCAGGAGCACAUUUGGAUGCGGUAAAUGCGGCGGGACAGACAGCGGCUACAGCUUGCAAGCAACCUAUAUUGGCAAAUCGGCUGCACGGUCAUCAAAAUGCCCACACCAGCCUCAAGUGUUUGGCUGCCCGCACCAUAGCCACUAACCGGCUAAACUUCAAGGGUCUGAUACCCACGCAACUGGAGGCCUUCAUACAAAUGCACAGCGUGCACAAGGUUCUCCCGUAGAUUGCCAAAGGCAUAAGCCGCAACUGAAGUAAUUAGAACUGUGAAUACACUAAGCCACGUUGGAACACAUUUAUGUAUCAAUUAUCUUGGGUGUCUGUAUGUACGAGAUACAUAUAUCGAAUUUAGUGACUUAAUUUAGCCAAAAGAAUGCAAAGGGAAAUGUUUUAUUUUUUUACACAUUUUAUUUAGUAUUUUUCACUCUUAAUUUAUUUACAAUUACAAUCUGUAACAACCGCACACGUGGACUGACUGUUUGUUUGUAAUCAUUAAUCAUAAUCAUAACUAUUAAUCAUACCUAUGUAAAAUCAUUUUGUACAUUUUUUAUGUAAAACUACUAUUAUUCGCAGUGCAAGAUGGCGCAGGCCACCUAAGUUGAAUCAAUCGAAUUGAUUAUGUUGUUUAGGUGCAAGUGAAAUAAAAAACCAACCAAAAUAUAUAAAUCACAGCUGACCAAGGCAAA